GCCUACUCUGUGAUGUCACCCUGGUCGCCGGCGACCAGAAGUUCCACGCCCAUAAAGCAGUGCUGGCGGCGUGCAGCGAUUACUUCCGGGCCAUGUUCAGUCUGUGCAUGGUGGGAGUGGAGGCAGAUGAGGUGACGCUUCAGGGAGUGACAAGUGUGGGAUGAAACAUGCACUAGACUUCGCCUACACAGGACAGAUAAUACUGGAGCCAGGGGUGAUUCAGGAUGUUCUGUCGGCAGGAAGUCACCUUCAGCUGCUGGAGCUGCUCAGUCUCUGCUCACACUACCUCGUCCAGGAGCUGAACAGUGUUAACUACCUGGACCUGUACCGUGUGUCUGAUCUUUUCCACCUCCCUGCUCUGGAGGAGGCUGUGGUCAACUUCCUGGUAGAACACCUGUGUGAGCUGCAGCAGAGCCACCAGGAGGAGGUGCUGCUGCUCCCCUACCGCCUCCUCAGGGAGGUGCUGAUGAGCGACCGCCUCACCUCCCUCAACGAAGAGGAGAUCUGGCAGCUGGUGGUGUGCUGGUUAGAGCAUGACUGUCGGUACCAGUACACAGAGGACCUGAUACAGCACGUUCGUUAUGGCCUUAUGGAUGUGGCCGCCCUGCACCACGUGGCACAGUGCCACCCGCUGGUCCAGUCCAGUGCCACCGCCGCCGCCCUAGUGGACGAGGCUCUAGAGUACCACCGUGCCACCUUCGCCCAACCCCUCCGCCAGACCGCCCACACCAAGCCCCGCUUCCAGUCUCUCACCCUCUACAUCGCCGGCGGGCGCAAGCGCGAGGUGAGCCGCAUGGCCACGCCAACCAGUGCGCUGGCCGCCAGUCCCAUGCUACAGAGGCGAGUGUACCAUGUCAUGGCCGUGGUGAGAAGGCAGCUGUAUGUGCUGGGAGGAAAUGACCUGGACUACAACAAUGACCGCAUCCUGGUCCGCCACAUCGACUCCUAUGACAUAGACAUGGACCAGUGGACCCGCUGCACCUUCAGCCUACUCACGGGUCAGAACGAAUCUGGCGUGGCAGUCCACGAUGACCGAAUCUAUGUUGUUGGUGGAUAUUCUAUUUGGACCAAUGAGCCCCUAGCGUGUAUUCAGGUGUUGGAUGUGAGCACGGAGGGGAAGGAGGAAGUGUUCUAUGGACCAACUCUACCGUUCGCCUCCAAUGGAAUAGCAACGUGUUUCCUCCCUGCUCCAUACUUCACCUGUCCCAACCUACAGACUCUACAAGUGCCCCAUCACAGGAUAGGGGCUGUCUAACACACUAAUAGAGACUACAGUAAAUGUAUACGUAGAAACAUCAUGCAAACAACUCAUAUGGACAUACAUACAAUUGUGUAACACAAAAUAAUAGAACCAAAGGUCUGCUCCUUUACAACAGCCCCACUCUUCCUCUAAAAGCCAACACACCACACACACACACACACACACACACACACACCACACACACACACA